UUACCAUGAGGCCGGAUAUCCGUUUGGUUUGAGCAACGCCAUUUCAUUUCAAAGUCUCGCUCCUUCGACCCACGAGAUCGACAGAGGUCCGGAGAUCCUUUUAAAGCAACAUUGACGGAUUCGUUAGCCUGUUAAGGUGAAUAUGACGGAUAACUCACAGCCCAACAUGCACAGAGAUUGCCCUCUGGACUGCAAGGUGUACGUGGGGAACCUGGGGAACAAUGGCAAUAAGACGGAGCUGGAAAGGGCCUUUGGCUACUAUGGCCCCCUCCGCAGUGUCUGGGUGGCCAGGAACCCCCCAGGGUUUGCCUUCGUGGAAUUUGAAGACCCCAGAGAUGCAACAGAUGCAGUGAGGGAACUUGAUGGAAGGACAUUGUGCGGCUGUCGGGUGCGGGUGGAGCUGUCCAACGGUGAGAAGCGCUCCCGCACCAGGGGCCCGCCACCGUCUUGGAGUCGGCGCCCGCGGGAUGACUACCGUCGGCGGAGCCCGCCAGCUCGGCGCAGAUCCCCUAGGAGAAGGAGCUUCAGCAGGAGUCGUAGCAGGUCCCUCUCCAGAGAUCGCAGGAGGGAGAGGUCUCUGUCACGGGACAGGAACCACAAACCAUCUAGAUCUUUCUCUAGAUCACGCAGCCGCUCCAGGUCUAAUGACAGAAAGUGAAGCCCAUGCUGUGUGAAGCAAAAGAAGAACAUUUCGCCGGUCAGAGUUUAUGGCAAUGAGAAAUCAUAACGGUCGCCCAUCAAUGGAUAUUACUGCCCCAGAGUCUCUUUUUUUUUUUCUUCUUUUUUUUUUUACGCAUCAAUUUUAGCUUUUACCUUUUUAGUCUUUCUUUUUUUGCAGUGUGCAUUUUCCCCCUGCUGUGAUGUGUAAGGUACCUGAUAUCUUCUGUGAUUUUUUUUUUUUUUUUUGUAAAUAGUUGUUGUAUUCAGGUGUCAUGCUCUAUUGUUAGUCCACCAUUAUUUCUUGGCAGCAUUCCACUGCUUCUGUCUCAUAAUGGACUUUUUGUCUUUAUAUUGGUAGUCUGAAUGUAAAGAUCACACAUUAUAACUGUAGUCUGUUUUCCAAAUGUGUUUUUAUUUUUAUUUUUUUUCCCCUGUUUUUAUUUUAUAUUUUUAUUUUCUCCAGCUAUUCAUGUAAAAACAUCUGGUAUUCCGGUCCCAAACUUCAAGAUGUAGAAUGUUUUUGGUUUUUUUACGCUGCCAUUUCAUAUAGAAGGCUCUGGUUCCUCCUAGUAGAGUGUAUGCCAGGGCUUCACAAGGGAAAUGAAUGAUUGAAUGAACUGAAUGGCAAUGUGAAAUGGCUUCUUUUUUUAAAACCCAUGGAAGUUUUCCCCCAUAUUUGUACCGUUUAUAAUGUUAUCAAAAUUAAAACUGGUUACAC